UAUUUAGUACAAUUAAAUAUUGUUAGAGGUCUUUACUACUCUCCACAUCCUUAAUGUCAUAUUCUUCGAAGAUUUCCUUGACAGUGGCAUUCCUCUUCUUGGCGAUCAGUUCAACCAUCUUAAAGGCUAUGUCUUUCAAGUCAUUGUAAUCGUGCAGAACUUUCAUGUACCCGAGAUUACGUCUCUUGGUGGCCUUCAGUUGCAAAAUGUUUUUGGUAACUUUCUUGACAUCUGCAAGGAGCUGCUGCUUUCUGUUGGUUUCGAGGAGAGAACUUUGGAGUUCUUGAGACUGCUGAAGGUGGGAUAGGAAAGAAGACUGGAUUCAGGUUAAGGAAGCGCUUACAGUGUGAACUUGACUGGAAGUAGGACUGUAGGUGUCGAUCAGAGGUCAAGGAGUUAUAGAGGGAGAAGUAUUAGUGAGAAGGAAGUGGGGGAGUAGGGAGGAAAGAAGGUUGAGUGUACUGGCUUUUGAGUGGUUCCGGUGUUGGUGAGUUUGAGGUAUUCAAUAAAGUCUUUCAU